AUGGACGCCGUACAUCUCAGCGCGAUGGAAGUCGAGGCCGGCGGCGGCUCCGUCACGACUCUGGAAAAACCCGCUGUCCCUGCAGACGACAACUCGGAAGACCUUUACGUCAAGUAUAAGACGCUUGAGCGCCAGCUGGAGUUCAUCGAGAUCCAGGAAAGCUACGUCAAGGAUGAGAUGAACUCUCUCAAACGCGAGUUACUCCACGCUCAGGAAGAGGUUAAACGCAUCCAAUCAGUCCCGCUCGUCAUCGGGCAGUUUCUGGAAAUGGUCGAUGCCAACAGUGGCAUCGUGGGCUCCACAACGGGGUCCAAUUACUUUGUUAGGAUCCUCUCCACCAUCAAUAGGGAACUGCUCAAGCCCAGCUCGUCUGUCGCCUUGCACCGCCAUUCCAACGCCCUCGUCGACAUUCUACCGCCCGAGGCUGACUCCACCAUUUCUAUGAUGGGGGCCGAUGAGAAGCCAGACGUCUCGUACUCGGACAUUGGUGGCCUGGACAUCCAGAAACAGGAGAUCCGCGAGGCCGUUGAGCUCCCACUCACCCACGCAGGUCUGUACGAGCAGAUUGGGAUCGACCCGCCGAGGGGUGUGCUGCUAUACGGAGCCCCGGGUACGGGUAAGACAAUGCUGGCAAAGGCCGUGGCCAAUCACACCACAGCCGCCUUCAUCCGCGUCGUGGGUUCGGAGUUUGUCCAAAAGUAUUUAGGGGAGGGACCGCGUAUGGUCCGCGAUGUGUUUCGAUUGGCGCGGGAAAACGCCCCGGCCAUCAUCUUUAUUGAUGAAAUUGAUGCAAUCGCCACCAAAAGGUUUGACGCCCAGACGGGCGCCGAUAGGGAGGUGCAGCGUAUUCUCAUGGAGUUGUUAAAUCAGAUGGACGGUUUUGAUCAGCACUCCAACGUCAAGGUCAUCAUGUGCACGAAUCGGGCUGACACGUUGGACCCGGCUCUGCUGAGGCCGGGCCGGCUGGAUCGGAAGAUUGAGUUUCCGAUGCCGGAUCGCAGGCAGAAGAGGUUGGUGUUCCAGGUGGUCACAGGGAGGAUGAACUUAGCGGAUGAGGUCGACUUGGAGGAGUUUGUGUCUAGGCCAGAUAAGAUCAGUGGCGCGGAGAUUGCGUCCAUUUGUCAGGAGGCAGGGAUGCAGGCCGUGAGAAAGAAUCGGUAUGUCGUUUUGCAGUCGGACUUUGAGACAGCGUACAAGGCAAACGUGCAGAAGGACGAUGAAGAGUUUGCCUUCUACAAGUAAGAGCGAGCUCGGUUCGUUUUGUAAAUUUAUCGAGGGUGAGUGCUUGUGAAUGCCUUUUUCUGUAAGGGGAGAGGGGUGCUUCUGUUAAAGAUCCCGCGUUGUGCAGAUCUGUAGCACGCUGCGAAGGAUUUGCUCCUGACUUCUGUCGAUCCUCACUCUCGGUCCCUGCAACUCUUUGAAUUGUGAAAGUUAUAGUCAACUAUCAACAGGUCGCGCCUCUUCUGCCAAACAGAGCACUCGGGAUACCGCGCAGCAAAUCACGGGGCCUUCGCUCAAGCCUACUGUACUUCUGUACUAGCUGUUGCCUUUGAGCUGGCCUCUACUUUUUGGAGGACGGGUGUAUCAUGUCAUACCUUUCUCCGCGUACCUAUCUCCCUACGAGUGGCAAGCUCGGCGACUAGAAGAGUGCGCGGGUAGCACACCCAGCUUCUCCUUUUCCCGUCGAAAAGAGAAGCAGAUGGUUUCAUUGCUCAACGCGCACGGUAGAUGCGUGCUUCUUUAACCUCUGCGGGAUGCGCCGAAAACUGUAGAAGCGGAGUCUCCUCCGCUUUUCGAUCGUGUGACGGCCUCAACGCAGUCCCUUUCCUCGUGGCUCAACCCCGCGUAUAAAAAACAGGACAGAUCUUUGCUAGU